CACGACUGGACCUGAUGGUCAGGGGGGCCUUUACCUUUACCUUUAUUCCUCUCUAUACAGUGGUGUCAACUUGAAAAUUGAGGGCCCCACGUAUAAUUGAUCACAAGAUGCAGCACACUCACACCAUUUGAAUGGCAAUGCCCAUCAACUUAGGGGGGCAGCCCCCUCAAAUAUUUUAUGGAGGGGCAAUGGGACCCCAGCCCACAGGAGUUGGCUGAUGUUGUGAAAAUAUACUAUCUGGUUGUCACAAGUUUUUUGGGCACCCUGGGCAGAUUUGGAAUUCGGAGAUUGUGACAUUGGCAGCAGUCACCAAACAAAAUGUUUAGACUACAAUUCCCCUCAGCCCCAGGCAAUAUGGCCAGCAACAUUUGGAGAGCACCAGACUGGGCAAGGCUGACUUAGUCUAACACUCUCUAAAAAGUUACGAUUGACCUGCCACCUAAAGGCAGCUAUUUAUCUCCCCACUUUUCCCGCAAAUGUAACAAGCAAAAGAACUUUAAAAUAAACUUGUGUCUUAUGACCAGUUUGCUGAAACUUGGAAACUUUCUUCAAGUCUCAGUGCCGAACUUUAUAUUUCAUCUAUACUCAAUAAAUUUGAGUUUUACAAGAUUUCUUCUUCUUUGACUCACGUGGCAUAUAGAACAUUAAAUCACAGCAAUUUAAUAUGUUGGAAACUAACCUAAACUCACAUUUCCUAAAACCUUCUACAGAAUUCUUUCAGUGUGACAGCAGUUAAGAUAAAAGUUAACAGGGAAAUUACACAGAUAAUUCUUCCAAGAAGAAUAAAGCUGAGUAUCCUAAAAUAUAGAUAGAGCUAAGCAAUGAAAUGUACAACUGUAAAACAUAUGAAAGGAAAGCUGUUCCACUGUGAUUUAUAUUGUAAAACCAUAUAUUUAUUAGGUUUGUGUCUUUCCUUGUUAAGGGAAAGGGAGCUCAUUUUAUUACCACAGCAUACCUUAUUUACAUUGUGUAUAUAAAGGACUGUGGUUUAUGUCAGACUGAAACAAGUGGUUUUCCAUAAAUUGCAAUAUAUGUAAAAUAUAAAGAUUUCUUUGAUGGUUGAUACUGUUGAUCUUUGAUUAUGGAACUUCCCCUUGGUCAGUUCCUGAAACAGGAGAAAUGCCUGAGAAAUGUCUUUAGCUUUAUUAUCUUAAUUCUCUUCCCCUGUUUUACUCAUGUUGCUGCUGGUGAGAGCAUAUUUGAUAUCUCUCUCUGUGUGUGUGGUUUUAUUUUUAAGAGUAGCCCACAUGCUCAAACAUUGACAGAAUGCUCAGGUCAUAAUAUUGACUAUAUUAGAGCUGGGCUAAGUGAUUCGUCACAUAGACCUCCUUACAUUUCCUUUUUAGAGUUUGCAUUGAAAGCCUGGCGAUGGGAUGAGGGUUCUCGCUCUUCCUUAUUGUAAAGAACGAGAGUGCUGCAGAGCUGCAGGCUUAGAAGAAUUUUCCCGGCAGGCUCUUUCCCCCUUUUAAGCUUUCCACUACUUUUUGAGGCCUGCAGUGAUGGCUGGUUGCCAGUAGUGGUAUCAAAAAAACUGCAGCUUUAAAAAUCAAACCGGAGGGUGGCUCUUAGCCACUUGUUAAUCUUGUGUUGAACACCUUUCAGUGAAUUGCCAUUUAGGCUGGUUCUUUCGGAGAAUUCAUUAGCGAUCCUGUGGGUGCUCUCUCUCUCUCUCUCUCUCUCUCUCUCUCUCUCUCUCUCUCUCUCUCUCAUCGGUAUGUGAAUGUGGUGUUGUUUGUUUUUGCCUCACUUUGCAGAUGCAUUUCUAGGCAGCUGCAUCUCUCUGUAUAAAAUGCCCAAGAGCAGCCUUAAGCCAAUUUGCAGAAUGGACAAUUGAUUUAAUGGAGUGUGGGUAGGCUUACCCAUCCAGUCCUGUGAAAAAUGAGCUUGUUUGUUGCAGAGGAAGCAUCUGUAGGAUGGCUACCAUUUGCCUCUUGCCGUGCUGCCUCCUGUGAUGGUAGGCACGACCCCCAAGACAACAGGGGAGAGCCUGCACAGAGAAGACGGACACUUCCACUACUGUGGGAUUAAGACCAUGGAACUGUCAGACAGUGACCGUCCUGUUAGCUUCAGCUCCACCUCAUCUUCUGCAUCCUCCAGGGAUAGCCACUGUUCCUUUGGCAGCAGAACAACACUCGUUUCAAACAAUCACCUGGGCUUAUUCAACCAGGAUAAGGAAACAGGGGCCAUAAAGCUAGAGCUGAGCCCGGCCCAACGAUUUUCCAGCAAGGAGCUGAGUAAAAACAACCCCCCAAAGGAGCAGACCUCUGACGGAAGUCUUGGGAGAAGGCCAAGUAUGCCACGGAGAGCUGAAUCUAAGGAAAGUAGCAGAAACUGUGUCAUGUCCUUGAUUGCUGAGCCUCCAAGCCCAAAGCUCCUGUACGUUGACAGAGUGGUCCAAGAAAUCCUGGAGACAGAGAGGACGUAUGUGCAGGAUUUAAAAAGUAUUAUGAAGGAUUACCUUGAUUGUAUCACUGACCAAUCCAAGCUCUCUUUGGGGAUGGAGGAACAAUCAGCUUUGUUUGGAAACAUAAAAGAUAUCUACCAUUUCAACAGUGAACUUCUGCAAGAUUUGGAAAACUGUGAAAAUGAUCCUGUAGCUAUAGCAGAAUGUUUUGUUUCUAAGAGUGAAGAGUUCCACAUAUAUACACAGUAUUGCACCAAUUAUCCAAGGUCAGUGGCGGUACUUACUGAAUGCAUGAGGAACAAGUCCCUGGCCAAGUUUUUCAGAGAGAGACAAGAAGCUUUACAACAUUCUCUGCCUUUAGGAUCUUACCUCUUAAAACCUGUUCAGCGGAUACUCAAGUAUCACCUUCUUUUGCACGAGAUAGAAAACCACCUUGACAAGGACACUGAAGGUUACGAUGUGGUUUUAGAAGCCAUAGAUACGAUGCAGAGAGUGGCGUGGCAUAUUAAUGACAUGAAGAGGAAACAUGAACAUGCUGUCAGGCUGCAGGAGAUACAAAGCUUACUCACUAACUGGAAGGGACCGGACCUUGCUAGUUACGGCGAGUUGGUUUUGGAAGGAACAUUCCGCAUCCAGAGAGCCAAAAAUGAGCGCACUCUGUUCCUCUUUGACAAGCUGCUGCUCAUUACGAAGAAGCGGGAAGAGACUUUCACCUACAAAGCUCAUAUCUUGUGUGGCAAUCUCAUGCUAGUGGAAGUCAUACCAAAGGAGCCUCUGAGCUUCAGUGUCUUCCAUUACAAAAAUCCCAAGAUGCAACAUACUGUUCAGGCCAAAUCACAGCAAGAUAAGCGCCUUUGGAUUCUUCACUUGAAGAGAUUAAUUCUUGAAAACCACCCUGCCAAAAUCCCAGCUAAGGCCAAGCAAGCAAUUCUUGAAAUGGAUGCUAUCUAUCACCCAGGAUUCCAUUAUAGCCCAGAAGGAGAAAUGAAAGCAUCGAGUAAUUCUAAAGAAGGAAUCGCCCCACAGAGGGUGAGAAGGAAGUCAGAACCUUCAUCCAGAGCCCAUAAAAUCAUAAAGCCAAGUGAAAUGGAUCCAGACAUGAAAAAGCGGAUCAGUAUUGAAGGAACCCUGCUAUCUCAGGCUGAAGCCCUCCUCAGUCCUAGGAAAAAGUUUUCACUGAAUCACAAAGGACUGGACUCCAAUGAAGUGGCCUAUAGUAGCGACCAAGAGGAUAAUGCCCUCACUGGUGUUAUGGAUCAGACUGAUGCUGACGACGAGGAAGAGGCUGAACAGACCACACAACAAAAUUCCCAGCAGAAACCAAAAGGAGGCCGUAAAAGGUUAAACAGUCAAGUUGCUGAAAAUUUUGAGAAACGAAGAAGUGUGAAUCUCAGUAAAUGUGAAAUUCAGAAUGCAAAGGAGCCUGCAAAUGAAGCACCUUCCCAGGUCAACGCAAAGCUUUCCUUUUCCUGCAGUGGAGGUGGUCAUCCAUCUCGGCAGUUUGCACCGCAAAACAGCUCAUUUAUGGCAAAUAUUUUGGGUAGAACAGAUGCGGUGAGAAACAUCUGGACAGACCACCAGAUUCGGCAAGCCCUGUUCCCAAGCAGACGCCCCCCGCAAGAGAACACAGAGGAUGAAGAUGAUUAUCAGAUGUUUGUACCGUCAGAAUCAACGUCCAACUUGGUUUCCAUCGCCUGUGAAGAGAGAGGGCCUUCAGGCCGCCCUUGCAGCUGGCACGUAGGACUAGCUCAUCAGAGGGACAUUUCUAGCUCUAACUCUCAUAGAAUUGUGAGGAGGGCCAGCAGUGCUGGGGAAAGUAAAACUUCUCCGUCUGGUUCAAGAUACAGAAAAAAUGACCUUGGUCUGAAUGCUACUUGGAAUGAAAUAAAAAGUUCCAGGAGUGACAUGGACAAUCUGCAGGUAUACCUAGAAUCUUCAGAAGAACUUACUAUUGAUGACAUAGAUCAUGUCUAUGACAAUAUAAGUUUUGAAGAUUUGAAACUAAUGGGCCUCACUCGGAGGGAAGCGUCUGACCGUGCUCCACAAGGGUCAGCUAGAGACUCACUCUAUGAGGCUCAAGACCAAGACAUUGCUUUCAAUAAAAGGCAGGCACCUCAAAGCAGGACCUCUAUUUCUACCAGCAGAAAUGAAACUACUCCCAGGAGAGGAACUCCACCUGUAAGCUCUCAUGAUCUAAGGAUCAGUGAGGAAAAUAUCUAUGAUACCAUAGUCCUCCCAGAGCAAUCAGUGACAAAUUUCAAAUGUGAUCGCCUUAAGUGUUCCAAAAAGAGGAGUUUUCUGGGUCUGGAAACAGAUUUUGCAUGCUGUGACCACCUGCGACAGUUUGUUUCUGAAGAAAGCCUCCAUUUCAGUGAAGAUGAAAAUCCCUAUCAUUGUGUUCCAUUAGAUCAUGAUUAUUUGAGCUUAGUGGAUAGCUCAUCAAACUCUGAUUCACACUCUCACAAAUCUGCUGCGGACAAAUUAUCUGAGGAAGUGGAUGAAAUCUGGAAUGACCUGGAGAAUUACAUCAAGAAGAAUGAGGAAAAGACGAGAGACCAUGUCCUUGCAGCUUUUCCUGUCUGCAAAGAUGACAUAGACAACAACACGCCUACUAGAACUACUUGUGAGUUAAAUAAAGAUGUGGGAUAUUCACUCCCCCCUCUCUCAUUGCCAGAAACACCUGUUUUCCCAAAAGCUUUGCCCAACAAAGUUGCCAGGUUGAGUGAAGCCAACCUCAGAUUCGAGGAGGAAGCAUCACUAUGUAAGGAAACACCAUGUAGAGCAAAUUCCUUGAUGAGUCUCAACAGAUCUUCCCUCUCCAAUGAGAGAGCUUUUGUAGAUAGUCUUUAUGAAACUGCCAGUAGUAUUCUGUGCAGUGCAAAUGCAGAAAGUACUGACAAUGAACUGGAUGCUGUGGAUAAAACAAAGAACCGGGUUUUCACAAUGGCCAGACAGUACAGCCAAAAAAUUAAGAAGGCAAACCAGCUUUUGAAAGUAAAAAGCCCAGAACAAGAGCAACUUCUGAGCCGGCAACAUAAAUCAAGGCACAAGGACUUAGCAGCCAUUUUGGAAGAGAAGAAACAAGGAGGCCCUGCCAUUGGUGCCAGAAUUGCUGAAUAUUCCCAGCUCUACGAUCAGAUUGUUUUUCGGGAAACCUCACCCCAAAAGACCAGUUCUCAAGACCCAUCAAACAUAAGGUAUUCCUCACCAGUGUCAACAUCUCAGUUAGCUGCGGAAUGCUUCAGAGCAGAAGACUGGUUGCACUCAACAUACAGUAAUGUGGAACUCUCAGAUUUCUCUCCCUGGUCGGAAGUCUCACACCUGAAGGGCAGAAGCUCCCCUUCGGAAAUGAGCGCAAAGCAGAGACAGUUGCCAGCGGCCUGCUCAGUGCCUUCCCUUCAGACUCCUCUUCGCCCGCACAUUCCUGCACAAAGGUGGAGCGCAAUUAUAAGUCAGCCUAACAAAGAGAACUUGCACCACAGUCAGGUUUUUAACUCUUUAGGAAGACGGGAAAACAAUGCAAAGUCACAGAUAUAUAGCAGGUCACAAUCAUCUUCCUCUAUUGUGGCCAGCAAGUCUGGGGAUUCAAUAAAUUAUCCACAUGAAAUGGACAAGAAGCAGCUGCAUUCAGACAGGAACUUUCUCUCUGAACACUAUAAAGAAUGUGUGCCAGGUGCCACCCCAGGACUUGCAGCAUGUGAUGGAGCAAAGCAGAGCCUUGAGAAUUGCUCCAAAAUGAUUCUGCAGGAUUCUCAAAAAAUUCUUAGAGUUAACAGAAACUUGCUCUCAAAUGCACAAAUAGCUACCCAGAACUAUUUUUCUAACUUCAAAGACACUGAUGAUGGAGAAGGGGAUGAUGAUGACUACGUUGAAAUAAAAUCUGAAGAUGAGGGCUCCGAUUUAGAGUGUUUCUACAACCAAACAAAACUCUCGGAUCCAAACAUAAAUGUACAUUGCGCUGCUUCAGAAACUUGUAGUGACAAAAAUAUGCCCCUGACUCCUGCUAAGGCAUCAGACUCUUUCCUGGCCACAUGUAGUGAUUCAGAUAAAUUGAAUGAUUACCUAUGGAGGGUACCAUCUCCUAAUCAGCAGAACAUUGUCCAGUCCUUAAGGGAAAAAUUUCAGUGUCUUAGCUCAAGCAGCUUUGCUUGAUUUUUUUUUAUUCCUAACAUUAUGCCUUAAUGCUGACAAAGUUAUAAUAGGGCUGCCUGUACUGGUAGUGUACAUUGUAGUGUGUAUAUUUUAACUAUCAUGUAGUGAGAAAUUCAAAGUGACUAGUUUUGCACUGUCAAGUUAUUGACUGGCUCUACGUCGCAGGCAGAUUUCUGGCUAGCUUUUCCUUGCAUCCAUUCUUAACAGUGUCCCCUAUGCUGAAAUCAUGGCAAUGAUUUUAUGAGAGCCAGUCAUGUAGGCCAGAAUUCUGAUUUUGUUCUAGGAAUGGCAUUAAUGCUUAAAAGCCGGGAGGCGGGGGGACUGGCUUAUUAUGUGAAAUGUGCAGUGAAAUAUAA